AUGCGCAGGGGGCGAGGACUCUGCCUGUCAGCGAGGCGCGUGGGCGCUGUUGUGGUGUUACUCGGUUCCGUUCCGACGCUGCGCAAAUCCGCGAUGGAGGCGGCAGCCUUAAAGAUGCUCCUUCUGGACCCGAGAGAUGAAGGCACCCAGAGGUGCAGGCUAGGACCCGCAGCCUUCUCCUUCCUAGGAGCCAGGGUCGGCGCCCCGCUGAGGAUCUCACUUCGCACCGGCUGCUGCUUGUGCACGGCGUGGCCUAGGCACGAUUUGGCGGACGGGUACUUGCAAAUUGACCUGACUUGCAGAACCGCGGGUGUAACUGUAAAGGACCUGAAGGGCCUCACACUGAAUGUCGGCCAGCUGCAACUUCUGGGCUAUCACCAUUUGAAAAAGGCGACUGUGAAAGUGGUCCUUAAGAGCUCUGCACUGAAAAAGUCGACACCCAGAGCUGUGUUGCAGGAGACGAUCAGAGAACUGCUAAGAAAUGUUUAUGUUUUACUUCAUUAUGUUGUUACUGUUGCCCCAAAUCUAGAAAAUCCCAUAGUGUGUAUUGAAAUGCUGUCUGUAGAUCCUUUGAUGGAUGGAGCUGGACUGAUAACCCCACAAACAAGCAUAAAAAUUAAGGAGGUGGUCACUGUUGAAUGGUACAGACAUUUAUCAGAAGACACUGCAAAGACUUCAAUUGCAGGACUAGACGAUGUGGGGAAGUCUUUGAAGGAAAUUAUCGAUCUGCCUUUCCGCUUUCCAAAAACUUUUAAGAAGCUAGGACUUUCAGUCCCUAACGGAGUGUUAUUAAUAGGCCCCCCAGGUGUAGGAAAAACUCUGAUGGUAAAGGUAGUAGCACAGGAAGUGGGUGCAUACUUGUUUUGCAUCAGUGGUCCAGCCCUCUAUGGUUCAAGACCAGGAGAAGGUGAAGAGAAUUUGCGAAGAGUCUUUGAAAAGGGCAGAGAAAUGGCACGUGAAGGCCCGACAAUUCUCUUUAUUGAUGAAAUUGAUGCUUUAUGCCCAAAGCGAGGAAAUUCAAACAGUGCUCCUGAAGAUCGUAUUGUUGCUCAAUUGCUAACACUACUGGAUGGUGUAGGUAGUGAGGGUAAGAUGGUAGUUAUGGCAGCAACAAACAGGCCUGAUGCUUUAGACCCUGCACUGAGAAGACCUGGCCGAUUUGACAGAGAGGUUGUCAUUGGGACCCCAACGCUUGUGCAAAGAAGAUCCAUCCUGCAGUUGCUUACAGCUAGUAUGCCUAUUUCUACAGACACUGAUUUGGUUAAACUGGCAGAAAUGACAACUGGGUAUGUUGGAGCUGACCUUACAGCACUCUGCAGAGAAGCUGCUAUGCAGGCUGUGUUCCACAUCUCUUUGGAUUCAGCUGAAACAUUGAUUAACAUGGCAGACUUCCAAGAAGCUUUUAAAAAAAUUCAACCAUCCUCUUUUCGAAGUGCAGUUGGAUUAACAGAGUGUAAACCGGUCACUUGGGAGCAAAUUGGUGGUCUGGAAGAUGUGAAGUUAAAGUUACAACAGAGUAUUGAGUGGCCCAUGAAAUUUCCUCAGGCUUUCAAUAGGAUGGGCCUGUCUCAUCCAAAGGGUAUUCUUGUCUAUGGGCCAUCAGGGUGUGCCAAAACAACACUGGUGAAGGCCCUGGCCACAAGUUGUCACUGUUCCUUUCUCUCUGUAAGUGGUGCGGACCUUUUCUCACCUUAUGUUGGAGAUUCAGAGAAGAUUUUAUCUCAGGUUUUUUGCCAAGCAAGAGCAAAUACUCCAGCAAUAAUAUUCCUAGAUGAGAUUGAUUCUAUCUUGGGAUUUCGGUCACAUUGCAAAACUGGCCACAGCGUCUCAGAGCGAGUUCUUUCUGUCCUUCUCAAUGAGCUGGAUGGUGUUGGGCUCAAAGUCACAGAGAGAAGAGGAAGUGACCUGCAGUUUGAAGGUCAAUGUCAAGAACAAAAUGACGAGGAAAGAAAGCUGGAGUUUCAGGAAACUUUGAACAAAGAUUUCAUAGUAGUUGCUGCAACAAAUAGACCAGAUAUGUUGGAUGAUGCCUUAUUACGUCCUGGAAGGAUAGACAAGAUGAUCUAUGUUCCACCUCCAGAUCUGAAGGGAAGGCUUUCCAUUUUGAAAAUCUGCACAGAAAAGAUUCCAUUAGAUACUGAUGUGUCAUUAGAAGAUGUGGCAGUCCUAACAGACCUCUUCUCUGGAGCUGACAUUGAAAAUCUGUGCAAGGAGGCUGCUUUGUUGGCAUUGCAAGAGAAUGGGCUUGAAGCAACUGCAGUAAAACACAAGCAUUUUGUAAGAUCAUUGAGGACUGUAAAAGCAUCCUUAAACGCAAAAGACUUGGAAUUUUAUGAAAAAUUCUUUAAUCAAGAAUUAACCUCUUCGAAAAGUAGUGAUACGACAUAGGGAACCAGCAGAGCAUGCAGCA